GCUCGUGUUGUUGACAUUGAUGCUAAUGAAGAGUAUGAGGCACUACUUAAAGAGGAGCCUGUCAUUGAGUUUACUGGAGAGCCACAGAAUAUACCUCAUAAACUAAAGUCAAUGAGCCAAUAGACGGAGUACAUGGAGAAUCUGCUGGAGUAUUUGAUUUACUUCUUUCAGAGGACAGAACCACUACAAGAUCUUGAUAGAAUAUUUUCGGAGACAAUUGAACAAACGAGGCAAAAUGUAGUGAAGAAGCAGGCAUUGACUUAUGAUGAAAUGGAACAAGAAAGAGAGGAGGAAGUGACACAACUCAACACUGAGAGUGAUGAGGAAGAGCAACAGAUCUAUAAUCCCCUCAAACUGCCAAUGGGUUGGGAUGGGAAGCCAAUACCUUACUGGCUUUGUAAGCUUUAUGGUCUUGGGCAGGAAUUCAAAUGUGAUAUGUGUGGAAACUACAGCUACUGGGGCAUAGAGCUUUUGAGAGGCAUUUUAAGGAAUGGCGUCAUCAGCAUGGGAUGCGUUGUCUUGGUAUUCCUAACACCAAGUACUUCAACGAGAUCACAUCAAUUGAGGUUUGCAUUUUCAGAUAGUUAUUAUCCAUCUAGAGGAUUGCAUCUAUCAUUCAUGGUAGCAGCAAACCUUUAACUGAUUUGUUGAUAAUGUUCAUUAUUAUAAUCU